UAAGGAGUGUUGUUUGGCGGAUUCCUUCAAGUUUUUACCUUAUUUUAUGUCUGAAUUUUGUCAAAUUAAGAAAGUGCCAAUUGUUCGUUUCCAUAACUAGUCAGCUAGCUAAUUAUUUUAUCUAUCGAUAUAGGUACAGAAGAGGGUUUGGGGUGUGGUACACAGUAGGAAGGCAUCUUCGGCGAGCGGAGCGUCCGAAUCAGAGAGUUUAUAAUGCCGACGUUGCGGGACAGUAGCAUGUCUCACCCCGGCGAGAACCCUUACCAAGUCCGGGUAAAAGCUUACUACAAAGGGGACAUCAUGAUCACCCACUUUGAGCCGUCCAUCUCCUACGAGGAGCUGUACGGGGAGGUCAAAGACAUGUGCUGCAUGGACAACGACCAGCUCUUCACCAUGAAGUGGAUCGACGAAGAAGGUGACCCGUGUACAGUAUCGUCUCAGCUGGAGCUGGUGGAAGCCCUGAGGCUCUACGAAGUCAACAAAGACUCUGAACUCAUCAUCCACGUGUUUCCAUGUAUCCCAGAGAAGCCUGGCAUGCCCUGUCCAGGAGAAGACAAGUCUAUAUAUCGUCGUGGUGCGCGGCGCUGGAGGAAACUCUACUAUGCUAGUGGUCAUGUCUUCCAGCCCAAACGGUUCAACAGGAGAGCUCACUGUGCCAUCUGCACAGACCGUAUCUGGGGUCUGGGGAGACAGGGCUACAAAUGCAUCAACUGCAAACUGCUGGUCCACAAGAAGUGUCACAAACUGGUCAGCGUGGAGUGUGGUAAACAGAUCCAGGAGCCCAUCAUGGGGCCUGAUAGGGGGGCCUCCAUCACACCAUUAGACCACUCUGGACAGCCAGGUCCUCAGAACAAAGACUCCAGUGAGAGUCUGAACUCCGAUGGAGAAGAGAAAGAGGCGCGCUGCAGCAGAGACACGGGGAAGUCAGCUUCCAGUCUGGGUCUGGUGGACUUUGAUCUGCUGAGCGUGAUUGGCCGGGGCAGCUAUGCCAAGGUCCUGCUGGUCCGACUCAAGAAGACAGAGAGGAUCUAUGCCAUGAAGGUGGUUAAGAAGGAGCUGGUCAACGACGACGAGGACAUUGACUGGGUCCAGACAGAGAAGCACGUGUUUGAGCAGGCGUCCAACCACCCCUUCCUCGUGGGGCUUCACUCCUGUUUCCAGACUGAGAGCAGACUGUUCUUUAUCAUAGAGUAUGUGAACGGAGGAGAUCUGAUGUUCCACAUGCAGAGACAGAGGAAAAUCCCAGAGGAACACGCCAGGUUUUACUCCGCAGAGAUCAGCUUGGCGUUGAACUACCUCCACGAGAGAGGCAUCAUCUACAGAGACCUCAAACUGGACAACGUGCUGCUGGAGUCGGAGGGACACAUCAAACUCACUGACUACGGCAUGUGCAAGGAGGGCUUGAGGCCAGGGGACACCACCAGUACGUUCUGUGGGACCCCCAACUACAGUUGCCCUGAGAUACUGAGAGGAGAGGACUAUGGUUUCAGCGUGGACUGGUGGGCUCUGGGGGUGCUUAUGUUUGAAAUGAUGGCUGGACGGUCGCCCUUCGACAUUGUAGGAAGCACCGACAACCCAGACCAGAACACAGAAGACUACCUAUUCCAAGUAAUAUUGGAAAAACAGAUUAGGAUUCCUCGAUCGUUGUCAGUCAAAGCUGCCAGCGUCCUCAAGGGCUUUCUCAACAAGGAACCUAAGGAGAGGCUAGGUUGUCACCCCCAGACGGGCUUCGCUGACAUCAUGGGUCAUCCCUUCUUCCGAAACGUAGACUGGGACCUUAUGGAACAAAAGCAGGUGGCUCCUCCAUUCAAACCCAACAUCUCAGGAGAGUUUGGACUGGACAGCUUCGACACCCAGUUUACCAACGAGCCUAUCCAGCUCACGCCUGAUGACGAUGACGCGGUGAAGAAGAUCGACCAGUCGGAGUUCGAAGGGUUCGAGUACAUCAACCCUCUACUGAUGUCGGCCGAGGAGUGUGUGUGAACUAGGGAGUGUGUGGGAGUGGACACAGCACGCCACCUCGUGUCCUCGACGACGUCGUCACUAGUUAGCUCUGCAUGGUUACCAGACUACCCGGCGAUGACAUCAUCAAAGAGCGUCCUGCUGUUGAAUAGAGAGAGGCUGAGAGCCGCCGGGGCUCUCAGACGAGAGACACUAACUUGCCAAACCAAUCUCACAUAGUGUGUCACAAAUGGCACCUUUUCCUCGACGUGUAGUGCACUAGGGAAUGGGGUGCCAUUUUGGACGAACGUCACUGUCCUUUUUUUUUAUUUUUAUCACUAGUCUUUUAAAACUACUUUCUCAAUUAUUUUUGUAUUGAUGUAUCAAAUCCGCACUGAUUUCCUCGUUGGUCAUCAGAGUGCAGGCUCUCAGUAGCCAAUGAGGCUUGGAGGUUGGUUACCUAGGUUACUGGACACAAAGGGAAGGGGGGGGGGACACAGACAGUCCACAGAGAACAAGCUAACCAUCCUCUCUUCUUCCCAGCUUGGAGGUUGUUAAAUGCAUAUUUUAUUUGUACAUAAUAAGAAUGAUGUUUAGCCAAGGCCUUUUAACCCCAAGCCAGAUCACCAGGGAACAUAGUUGAAAACGGUUUCAUGUUCACUACACGUAUCAUGAUGAGCGUUGUUGCAGCACCAUGUUUGUAGAGGACUGAAGAAGAACAACAGCAUUUU